AUGGACUCGGACUUUAUCACUUACGAAGGCGAGGAAUCGUAUGACUACGGCUUGGGCGAUGGAGAGAUACCAGAUGACGCUAUGUACGAUGACGACGAGUAUGAAGAUGAAUACGAAGAUGAGUUGUCAUCAAGUCCAUCGAUUCCGGAUGAGAACAUCAACUUUGAGUUGGUGUACGCGCUACAUACAUUUGUGGCGACCGUCGACGGACAAGCAACUGUACAGAAAGGCGACCACCUCGUAUUGUUGGAUGACAGUAAUAGCUAUUGGUGGCUUGUGCGUGUGAUGGCGUCGCAGGAAGUCGGAUAUAUUCCGGCGGAAAAUAUCGAGACACCGUAUGAACGUCUCGCACGUCUGAACAAACACCGCAAUGUCGAGAUUGCGACUGCAACGGGUGAAGAUAACAAUGCACUGCCGACGCAUGCGGCGUCUGGCUACCUUGUCAAAUCACGUACAUUUGGCGAUAUUAACAAGGACUCUGGAAAAGUGUCGGCACUCUCACGCCGCGAGACGAAGCAAGCAGCUGUACAUGAUCAAGACCGCUCAGGCACUACGACGACAAAGAAGCCUGGUGUAUUAUUCGGCGAAUCGCAGUAUUUGGAGCACAGUGAACUCGAUGAGUAUGACGAGGAGUACAUGGGUGAGGACGACGAGUAUACGGACGAGGUGACGGAGGAGGCCGAAGAGGCGGAACCUGCCGAGUCGCAAGAAGACGGCCAAGACGACACACCUGCACCGUCUUCAUCACCGCCGCCCAAGCAGUCGAACGAGCCUGUGGGCCUGUAUCCAAGUGAAGCGCCAAAGACACAGGGUGACACAGAAGAAUUGGACCUGCCUGACGAAUCGAGGCGCUCGCGUCCAGGCAGCUUGCUGGGUUUGCCAGGCUCAGAGAAGGCGUUGAAUGUGACGCGUGUGUUUGCAGGUGAAAAUAUUCAGUCAGAGAGCACGUUCAAGACCGUCCUACUGAGUGAUUCCAUGACGUCGACGGAGCUGGUGCAUCAAGCACUCCAGCGGUUCAAACUGCAGGACAAUGUACAGGACUACGCGAUUGUACUGCAUCAUCUCGAUGGUGAAGAGCAGAUCCUGGCACCACAUGAGCAUCCGUUGCGUAUGCUCGAGUCCCUCUCGAACAUAUCAUCGCUGGAGCCCACAGAGAUGCCGUCCAAGCACGACAGCGUCAGCUCGCUUGCAUCCCUGCUGGACAACUCUAUGGUACCAGCUGCACCAGCGCCCAACCGACUGAUGUAUGACUACAGCGAUGACCGCUUUGGGAAGCUGUAUCUUGUACGGCGCGUGCCGCUUUUCCGGGUCAAUAAGCCGCCCGUCAUGCCGUCUGAUGCGACAUCGCAAGACAAGCAGCUUCGCUUUACGAUCCAGCUGGCUCUUUUCGACACAGACUUGCCUGAUGGCACGUACUUCCAUCCGACAUCGGGGGGCAUAUCCAAAGGAGUAGCAUCGCUUGAUGAGUCCAUGCCGACGGUUCAGAAACGGUUCAUGCGCCUGGCGAAGAAUGCAACGGUAGCUGAGGUCAUUGAAGCUGGUCUCGAGGCAUUUGAGCUACCUGACGCCGUUGUCGAUGGCGGCGACGAGGUGGAAGAACGCUCGCGACGUGAGCGGCCACGCUCCAGAUACACACUGAGUGUGAAGACGGCGCACGGCGAGCAGCCACUGCCUUCGGCAUCAAAGGUGCUGGCUGCGUACGACACACUGCCUCUCUUGCGCGUUGUGGAGGCUGACUCGAAGCGCAAGAGCUUGGACUUUGCUGUUGCGCCUGGCUCUAUGGACGAUAUUUCGCGGACAGAUCCCCUGUUUGUACUGCGCCUCACACGCAUGGAGCAGCGUGUCGAACUGAGCCCCCCGCCCAGCAAGACAGCAGCACCCUCGUGGCAGGAUGACUCGCUCGAUGCAUCGUCACCGACUUCGCCAUGGGGAACAUCGCUAUCAUCGAGUCGUGAGCGUGAACGGGAGCGCGAGCGCGAGCGCGAGUUUGAUAUGUUUAGGCAGGAUCAGCCACGGCUGCGCACGCCAAGACCGCCACAGCAGGAAUCGCCGCGUGUUCCAUACUCAUUGCUCUCGCAGGCAGGCUCCAUGCGAGAAUACAGCAAUGCACGCAAACCUGUCCUGGAUGAUUUGCCAUGGACGAGUGAGACACAUACAUUUGGGCAACUCUCGCGACACAGUAAUAUAAAUGACGAUGGCAACGACAAUGAGGAAGGGGGGAAUCUUCGCGGUGGAAUCAACAGCCUCCACAACCGCCAUGCUGUUGGCAGAGACAUGGUCGGAUCGAGGAUGGGCUCGGGGACGGGCAACUCGAGCCCAUCUGCGAUGCUUGACCGGUAUCCAAGCAAUCUGUCUCCGCUUCCAAGCUCGUCCGUGCAGAACGAGGUCGAUUCCAUGCUGAACCGCCUGGCUAUUGACCCAGCCCUGGACCCAGCCAAGCGCGCCGUCCCGCCACCAAGUAUGGGCAUGGACAAAAAUUUGAGUCAACUGCCCAUGCCGCCUCCACAGUCGUCCUUGCAGCGUGCAUCGUCCAUUCGCAGUGUGUCGGCAGGAGACGUGGCACCAGAUCCUCGGGGCAUGCCACAUGCACACCGGCGCGUUGGUGAUCGUGUUCUAUCUGACUCGACAGUGGCCACCGGCACGGAUCGCCAGGGCCGUGAAAAGUACAAUUUCCAUGCCCUGUAUGGCAUUGUCGAUGCAAUGGUCCUAGAGACGUUCCUUUCGUCCGAGGAGGCGGCCGGCACGAUGCUGUCUCCCACAGGCUCACCACAGAAUGGACUGCACCGGACGUCGCUUGUGAUGGCCAAGCUCCUGGAAGAGUCGCCUUUGGAACGUAUGUGGCGCAAGUGGAAUGGCUUGUUCUCUCUCCCAUGGCCUCCACCUGGUUCAGCGACUAGCACAGCUACGGAACAAGUGCGAAAGCAAUAUGCGCCACUUAUGGGGCAGAUUUCUGAGUUGGAAAAUGCUCUCGAUGAUACAUUACGUAGUGUACUGGUAUACCGUGAAACGUGA